AGUGAAUUUUUAGCUUCCAUUGAAAGAAGGAGAAAACUAAACUUUUUGUUAGAAAUGUUUUCUGUUUUGCAGAUUGACAGGAAAAGCAUUCCAUGUUAUUGGGAAAAUAAACCUGGCGGGUGUAGAAAGCCGCACUGUGUUUUCUUCCAUUAUAAGCCAAAAGCGUGCAAUGAAAAUCAGGAGUUAAUAUUACCAGUAUCCUCUCCCGUUCUCAAUUCAUCUACACCCAUUGCCAAAAUUGAGAACAUUGAAACUGAAGAUCCUUCCAUAAAAGUAGAAAAAGAAGAGGUUGUUCGAAGUUCUUUGGAACCUUUCGUUGUCAGCUUUGAUGAAAAUGAAGAAUCAGAUGCUGAAUCUAUUUCAAGUACCCCUGUAAAAUCAAAUGACGUAAAAUCUGGAAAUAUUAGAGGAAGUAAUUUACUCUCUAAAUUUUCAG